AUGGCCAGUUCUUUACGAGGAGAAGUUCUGACUCUGUAUAAAAAUCUGCUGUAUCUUGGACGGGACUAUCCAAAAGGAGCAGACUAUUUUAAAAGACGUUUGAAGAACGUUUUCCUUAAAAACAAGGAUGUGAAGGACCCAGAGAAGAUCAAAGAGCUUAUUGCACGAGGAGAAUUUGUAAUGAAGGAGCUGGAGGCCUUAUACUUCCUUAGGAAAUACAGAGCUAUGAAACAACGGUAUUAUUCAGAUACCAAAAACUAACCAAUUGUUGCUACCAGCCUGGCUGACAGUCAGUGCCAGUUGUUUGUCUGUACCAACUAUUAUAAAAUAAUUCAAUUUAAAAUGGCAAGAUACAGGAUUAAAAAACCAAGCUGCCCUACUGUACUAAAAUAGGUUUGAACCCAUUGAUACUGAGAGCUUUACCCAUAAUCCUUUCAUUAUUCAAAGCGUAACAGCACCUUUCAUGAGAAUACAGUUUUGAAAGAAAAUAUACCUAAUUUUUUAACAUGUUAUAGCCAAUUAUUCGUAGUCUGUUUCUCCAUUUACUGCAAAUGGGUUCUGACAGGUUUACUCUUUAGCUUGUGGAACUUUUUUUUUUUUCUUACCUCACCUAGUGUAUCUAGAAUACUGAAGUCCAUUUUCAAGGCUCUCUACAAACACCUCAAAAUGAUUUGAAUGCAGUUAUCAAAAUAAGCCAUACGAAGGGGACUCUGCCCUUAAGAUGCUCAGCGGAUGACUGGCACUAUGUAGAUACUGCCGCCCCUUAAGCCCCACAUCACUUGGACUGGCUCUCACGAGGAGUGGUAACACUCCUGUUUGUGCUGUUAAAGCUGGUGUACUUUGUGUCUACCUGUAACCAAGCUAAUGUGGCACUGGACCUAGCCCAGACAGGACUGUUUAAGCAAACACUUGAACGUUUAUGUAACGUUCUUAGCAACUUUAUAAAUAAAGAACAUUUCUAACUCAAAA